UUCGAUUCGGGAUUUGAUGCGGAGAUGUGAUCCUCGGUGACCAGCUCAUAACUCUCAGUCCUACGAGCUACUAUAGCAUGAAACUUUUAUUUUAACCUUGCUGUUCUGUUGGCUCUCUGGAGACCUGUCAUUUUAGCAAACCAGACGUUUUAUUUCGCCUUUUAUGUCAUUUUUCCUAUAAAAUUAGGCCAGGCUAAACCUGUCGCUGGAUACCCCCCACCUCUCUCCUUUUGGUGGGUUCUUUUUCUCCCUCCCGAGUUUAAAAUCCCGGAGUUUAAAGGAACAUUGAAGAGCGAGAAUAUCACUUUUCUGGACUUUUUUCUUCUUCUUGGGAAGAUAACCACCUGCAAAGCGGCUGGAACUAAUCUCUGCAACUAUCAGACGGCGCAUCGAUGUGCCCUGCUUGCCGAAUCCGGCUGCUCGGUCAUCGGGUUUAGGAAGAGAUUUGUGUCGGGAAGCGGUGUGGAGCACAAAGAGCUCAUUAAUGCCGAGCAGUCAAGUUUUUCUCCAUGUGUUGACAGAGGGACUGAGGUGAGAGCAGAUUUGCUUCAAGACCUUCAACGCAACACGAAGUUAGUCAACUUUUCCAGCGUGUAGCUGCUUAAAAGUGACUGCCUCCAUAAAAAAAGUCUUUAAACGGCCCCGUUCCGCUUUUUUAGUUGCUGUGAUUUAAAGACCGUCUGAGGAUUUUGUUUCAUAUCAGGAACCCGCUUUAAAUGCAGGCUGGUCUGCGAUCAGUGAGUGAACAGCCGAUCUGCCAGUGGGGUUGUAAUUCACGUCCAUCCAUUUUUUACCACCUGGCAUCAACACUAUGGAGGUGAUAUUGAGGAGCAAGCUGCUGCUGCUGGGAUACAUCUUACUGUUGGACCUUGCUUUUCAGGCUGAUGCAGAAGAAGAAGUCCUGAUGAACACUAAGAGCGAGACGUCUGAUCUCAAAUGGACCAUCUUCUCCCAAGACAGAUCUGAGUCACAGUGGGAGGAAGUGAGCGGUUUGGAUGAGGAGAGCAACAGUGUGAGGACCUUUCAGAUCUGCCAGUUAGAAAGCUCUUCCAGCCAGUGGCUGCGCAGCGGCUUCAUCCAAAGGCGAAGCGCCUCUCAGGUUUACGUGGAGCUGCGUUUCACCAUGAUGGAGUGUUCAUCCCGGAGCACGCAUCACCGCAGCUGUAAAGAGACUUUUAACCUCUACUACUAUGAGGCAGACUCCAACGAGGCCACAGCCACAUACCCGCCCUGGAUGGAAAACCCAUACACCAAGGUGGACACAGUGGCUGCAGACUUUCUCCUGAGGAAGGGUGGGGAGAGGAAAUUCAACGUGAAGACCCUGAGGCUCGGUCCGCUUACCAAGAGAGGCUUCUACUUGGCCUUUCAGUCUCAGGGAGCCUGCAUGGCUUUGCUGUCCGUCAGGGUGUUCUUUAAAAAGUGUCCUCCCCUCGUCAGCAUGCUCUCCUCUUUCCCCGAGACAGUCCCCCGUUAUUUAGUGCAGGAGGCGCAGGGUUCGUGUGUGGAGCACGCUGCCCUGCAGGGUCCCCGCCCUCGACCCCCUAAGCUCUUUUGUGGCGAAGAUGGCCAGUGGGUGGGGCAGCCGACCACUUCCUGCGCUUGUCUACCUGGAUUUGAAUCAGUGGAGAUGCAGACCCGCUGUGCAGCCUGUCCUGUUGGUCAGUUCAAGUCGGGCACAGAGGGACGCUGCAGAGACUGUCCAGAAUACAGCCAGGCCCCCAGCAAGGGGACGGAGGUGUGUGCGUGUCGUUCUGGGUACCUCCGUGCAGUUUCCGACCCAGCAGAAAGCUCCUGCUCCAGACCUCCCUCUGCUCCUCGUAGUGUCAUCCCCUGGAUCAACGACACCACGCUCACACUGGAGUGGAACGAGCCUUUAGACAGAGGUCACAGAGAAGACCUCAGCUACUCCAUUAAGUGCUCUGUAUGCAGGUCACCCAGGGAAACUUGUCUCCCCUGCGGAGACAGCGUCAGCUACCGUCCGGCGCGGGAAGGCCUGCAGGUUCGCAGGGUGGAAGUGUGGGGCUUGUUGCCUCACACCACGUACACCUUCACCGUUCAGGCGCUCAACGGCGUUUCAACGCUUAGCACCAAGGAGCCGGCUGGCGAAAGCAUCAACUUCACCAGCAGCCAUGAAGUUCCAUCUCUGGUGUCUGCGAUCCGGAAGAGUGAUUCCACAGAGAGCAGCCUGACUCUGCAGUGGUCGGUGCCAGAUCAGCCGCACUACAACGUGCUGAUGUAUCAGCUGCGGUACUGUGAGAAGGAGAAGCGCAGUGAAAACCGGUGCUCGAACAAACAGACUGACACAAACCAGGCUGUGCUGACAGACCUCCGCAGGGCCACUCAGUAUGAAGUGCAGGUUCGGGCGCGCACCCAGGCCGGUUAUGGCAGCUUCAGUCCUGCAGUCGUCUUCAGCACCCUGCCUGAUGGAUAUGACUCUGCCUCCCAGUUCUUGGUUCCUGGCAUUCUUAUCGCAGUCGGGAUGCUGCUGCUUGUCACUUUUGUCGUCUUAGCCGUCUUCUGCCUACGCCGACACAGCCGAGUAAAAGAUCCUGAGCUGAGCGACAAAAACAGCCAAUACCUCAUUGGCCAAGGGGUCAAGGUUUACAUCGACCCUUUCACCUAUGAGGACCCUAAUGAGGCGGUGCGAGAGUUUGCCAAGGAAAUCGAUGUUUCCUUUGUCAAGAUAGAGGAGGUUAUCGGCGCCGGCGAGUUUGGCGAGGUGUGCCGAGGACGCCUGAAAAUCCCAGGGAAAAAAGAAAACUACGUGGCUAUCAAGACCCUGAAAGGUGGCUAUACCGAGAAGCAGAGAAGGGACUUCCUGUCUGAAGCCUCCAUCAUGGGGCAGUUCCAGCACCCCAAUAUCAUCCACCUGGAGGGCAUCAUAACAGCCAGCUGUCCGGUCAUGAUUCUCACAGAGUUCAUGGAGAACGGCGCAUUAGACUCCUUCCUACGGCUGAACGACAGCCAGUUCACUCCCAUUCAGCUGGUGGGGAUGCUGCGCGGCAUCGCCUCGGGCAUGAAGUAUCUGGCAGAGAUGAGCUACGUCCACAGAGACUUGGCUGCACGCAACAUCCUGAUCAACAGCAACCUGGUGUGCAAGGUGUCCGACUUUGGCUUGUCACGCUUCCUGCAGGAGAACUCCUCCGACCCGACUUACACAAGCUCUCUGGGAGGCAAGAUCCCAAUCCGCUGGACAGCACCAGAGGCAAUAGCCUUCAGAAAGUUUACCUCUGCCUCAGACGUCUGGAGCUACGGCAUUGUUAUGUGGGAGGUGAUGUCUUUUGGAGAGAGACCCUACUGGGACAUGAGCAACCAGGAUGUAAUCAAUGCCAUCGAGCAAGACUACCGGCUGCCCCCGCCACCCGACUGCCCCUCCCACCUGCACCAGCUGAUGCUGGACUGCUGGCAGAAGGAUCGCUCGGCGCGUCCUCGCUUUGCCGACCUCGUCAGCGCUCUGGACAAACUCAUCCGCAACCCCGCCUCGCUGAAAAUAGUUGCUCAAGAAGCAGGAGGGCCGGCCUACCCCCUGCUGGACCAGCGUGCACCUUUGGCCCUCUCACCGUGCUCUUCAGUCGGGGAUUGGCUCAGGGCUAUCAAGAUGGAGCGCUAUGAGGACAGCUUCCUGCAGGCUGGCUUCAACUCCGUAGAUCAGCUGGCUCAAAUCACUGCUCAGGAUCUGCUGCACAUGGGCGUGACUCUAGCUGGACACCAGAGGAAAAUCCUUUCUAGCAUUCAGACAAUGACCUUGCAAAACAAGAGCACAGCAACUGUGACAUUCUAGCUGCUUUACCCCCCUUCAUCCUGGACGUGAACACAGCACACAGGUGUGCCGCUGUGUCCUAGAGCGCUCUGGAUCCUUUCCUUUGACCCACUUUGAACACAAACUCUGAGGAAAGGAGGGAGAUUGUAUUCACAACCAGGGAAAAGAACACAAAAAAGAAGAAAAAAAACAGAGGAUAAGGAUGACUGAUGAGACUUGAACCAGUUACCUGGAUAAACCAGUCAUCUAGACUUUCUCUGUCAGAUUUUCAAAUGUUUGCUAUCACUAUUUUUACAUCUAGCGAGUGUAGAGCUCAGUACAUCUGCCAAACCAUGAUGAGCGAUAAACCAGUGUUUACACAGUUUCUCAAGUUAAAUUCUCAAAGCGUUCUUAUGUGUCGUCAAAAAAACAAUGUCACUUUGACUUUUAACCAAAGGAGACAAAAUAAAAAUGCUAAUGUAAAACCUUUUGUUUGUUUUCAGGUUGUUAUAUAAUUAGAGCUGUUUUGAUGCUGGCUGUCUUUUGCUAAUCCUUCUGGAUCACCUUCCAUGUCAGUUCUGCACAUUCUAACAACAGGACUAGUUGGCUUCCAUUAUCUUUCAAAGUGACCUCAUCUUUACUCAGGUGUGAUGUGUAAUACAGACUAUGAGGAGCGCUGUUGAUGCCCGUAAUCAGACUCCUCAUCUUCCUCAGUCUGGCUCCCCUUGGCCAGCUAAAAAAAAAAAAACACAAGCGGAAAAA